CUCGAAUGUCAUGUUCACAAUUCUGACCGUUGGUUCGAAAGGGUGGUAGUUCGGGAUUGGAGAGUUUUCGUUGUUUCAUCAGAAUGUCGAAAGAAAACAAAAAUCCGUUGAUCGAAGAUGCACGUGAGACUCCUGAAUGGAUCAACAAAAAGUACUUCGAAUCGCUGUUGAGAAAGUGCAAGGACGAUCCAUCGAUUGAAGUUCUGUCGGUUCAAGUGAAAUACGCAUUGCCAAAAGGUGAAAACUACGCCAGUGUGAUCUAUCGGGCGCAAAUCGUGCAUCGUAGAAAGGAUCAACCAACAAAAACGUGUAGCUACAUAAUUAAGGGAAUUUCGGAGACUCCUCUAGCUAAGCAGAAACUUGGCGAAUACGAUGUACACCGGAAAGAGAUGGACGUCUACCAGUUGGUGAUUCCAGAGUUUCGGCGAUUGAUGAAAUCCGUUGGAGAUCGGUCAGAGCUGUACCCAAACCCUCUCUGUGUCGACCGAACGAACGAUGUGAUCAUUUUGAAUGACGUUACAAAGAAGGGUUACAUGAUGGUCGACCGGACUCAGGGAUUGGACGCAACGCAUACGAAAAUGUCUCUCAAAGCAAUGGCCAAACUGCAUGCUAGCUCCGUAAAACUGGCAGAAAUCUACCCAACUAUAUUCGACCGAUACACCACGGGAAUGUGGACUCGUAAGACGGACGCCUUUCACGGGUUCUUCCAGUCUACAUACGAUGCACUGGCGGAGGAAAUCUACACCUGGGAUCCGGAAUGGCACUACUACGCACACAAGUUGCGAAAUUUGCGGUCACACUUCAUGGAGCAAUCAUUACGUGUAUUCGACAACGAAUGCGAAGGAGACUUGCGCGUAUUCGUCCAUGGUGACUUGUGGAUCAACAACCUAAUGUUCAAGUACGACGCGAACGGCCACCCGAGCGACGUAUUGCUUCUGGAUUUUCAAUUUUGCUGCUAUGCAAGUCCUGCUAUCGAUCUGUUUUACUUUUUCUUUUCGUCCACUAAGGAUGAAAUUCGCCAGAAUAGUUUUGACGAAUACAUGCAGUACUAUCACUGCCACCUGGUGGACUACGCGAAGCGAUUAAACUGCACCACGCGAUUGCCAACAUUGCAUCAGUUCCAACGACAGCUUCUGAGGAAGAUGUUCUACGCAAUGUAUUCCAGUAUCGUGGCACUUCCCAUUCAUAUGAACCAAGAACCGGAUGCCGACUUCGACGCAUUGAUGGCAGGGGACGAACGAGCCAGGCAGUUCAAGAAGGCCAUCAUGACCAACAAAAAGUAUCAUAAGAUCAUCAAAGGUCUGCUGCCGACUUUUGAUCGGAAGGGUUUGCUGGAUAAGCUCGACUGAUGGCGACGUUGUUUUGUAGUUAUUGGUGGUGGAAUACUUGUAGUUUCGUUAUGUUUUUGAUAGUUUGCAUAGUGUAUAUAUUUAAGUAAACAAGUGAUUAUAUAAAGGAAGAUAGUAUUAAAUGAGUACAAAUCUCACGAAGUGUCAGUCAUAGUUCAUACUGAUGUACAUUGGUGUCUGCUUUCACCAAGGAUUCAAGUUUGAAACAUUAAUUUAGCUUUCCAAGAGUAUCUCUUUCUGUUAGAGGGCAGCUUUCUCAUAAAUCAUUGGCAUAUCAAUGUAUGAAACAAGGAUUGUUACUGGGGUUCACUCUUCGAACGUAUGGCAGAUUGGUUUAUGUAAAAAAAAUCCGUUCAAAUGCAUAGUAUGAAUAAAGCAUUACCUGAGAGAAUCUACAA